AUGGCCACCAAGAUUCAGGGUGCUCCCGGUGCUCCCUGCUUCCUCGUGCCUUCACAUGCGGCCUACCACGGCACGAAGCCUUUGACCUCGACCACGGCUGAGUUGCAGACUUUACUGCCACGAGAGUCACAAAGCUCCACAUCCUCGGAGCCCUAUGGGUGGUCCAAAGUAAAUGUGGUGGUUGCUCUGUGUGGCGCCAAGGUGGCUGCCAAGUGGCGAAGCCGCUAUGGUGGGCGCUUUGGCCGAAAGACACGUUCAACACGUUCAACCUCAGUAACCACAGCACCAACAGUGCCAAAGACCAUGGAUGCUUCAGAGCUCUUCGAGGACUUAUUCCAAAACUCCAACCGAGCUGGAAAGGUGCUUGCGAAUCUUCCUUCAGCAAUGCCAAUGUCAGUUCUCAGCACCUACACUGCCGUGCCGCUGCUCUCAAUUCUUGCGGCCGCCUUGUGUCCAAAGCACACGCGCCUGGCUCAAUUCUUGGCCGGCUCCCUUGGCUGCCUUUUGGGCACCCUGGUGGGAGCAUUUUUGACACAAGCCAAGAAAGAUGCAGCCAGAUGUGCCUUGGCACGCUUGCUUUCACUUCACCUGAAGGAGGACAUGCCGAUGGAGGAUUUACGCACCCUGAUUUCAAGCGCUCGCAAACGCUUUGGCGUUCCGCCAAACGAGCGUCUCAGCGAGACCUGGGAGAACACCUCCUUGCAGAGAGUUUAUGAAGAGCUGCUGAUGAGUUUUUUGGAUGUACCUGAACACAAUGCAGAUGAACUUGCUAUGUUGGUAAGGCUGAAGGAGGUCCUGGAGCUAGAUGGCAUUGUGGCAGGCAAUGCGCACAGGCAUGCUGCACAGCUGCUUGUGUCCAAGGGCUACUCUGGCCUGGAGGGCGAGCCCAUGAAAAUUGCCACAAACAAACUCCUUUUUUUGUCUGAAAGGAUCUUUGCAGAAGAGAAGCCUGAGGAGGCAGCUCGUUAUGAGAUGGGCCGACUCUGUGCAGUACUCCAGCUUACCAAGAAAGAGGCCAUUCAGAGGGUGAGGGAGGUCUCCAUUGAGCUCUUCGGUGAGGAUAAGACUGCUGGACUUGAUCAAGAUGACGCGAGCUCUUCCAAGUUCUUCCGUGUGAGACAGGAAUUGAGCGAAAGGCUCCGUGUCAUCUACAACACUGCGUGCAAGGAUUCACGCAACAAAGUUGAGAAAGCUUUGUCCAGCAUGGAUGAGAUGGUGGAGUUUGCCAAGACCUCUGAGCCUGUGCUGAGUCAAUUGCUGGCUGAUCCUGCAGAGGCCACUGAGGUGGAAGGAAUCAAAGAUCCAUCACUUACUUUGACGGCGGAUCCGUUGCCAGGACGCAGGCUCUAUGGCAUUUUCUUUGAGCGGGCCAUGGAGGGCAAGGCACCAGCAGGAGCUGCUUCACCUGAAGACUUCGCUCGCUUGCUGGAGCUUUCAGAGGAGGACACUGAGAAGGCGCGGGUGGAGCUGUUCCAACCGAGGUUGAAGGAUCUCUAUGAGUCUUGCAUCAAAAAGGCUGAGGAGAGUGAGAAACCACUUGCUGAGCUCAAGCCUGAAGUCAGCGAUUCGAUUGCCAAAUUUCAGCUGCCGUACAUUGCUGUGGAAGAUAGCGCCUUGGAAGUCUACAAGUUCUUUAUUGAGGAGCUUAGUGGCAAGGUCCUGAAGGCGAGUGAAAAAGAUCGCUUGGACAAAAUCAGGGACUUCCUGGAGUUGGAGAAGGACAGCGUGCGAAAAAUGCACUUGAAGGCCUUUGCCUCUGUGUAUGAGCACAGCGUCCGAGAAGCCCUUGGACGAUCUGGUGUCAUAGCAGCAGAGGCGCAAGAAGCCCUGGUGCAGUUGGGAGAUCGAUUGGGCCUUGAAGAAGAAGAUGCAAAGACGAUCUUCUAUGGUGUCAUUGAGGAGCGGAUCAAGGAGAUGAUGAUUCCCGUCAGAGAUGCCUGGGAAGAAGCGACUUACACCAAAGAAGCGUUGCUUCAACUGAACAAGGAACGUGGCAAAGAUCUUGGAGAUGACCCAACAGCAGAUGGCACUGGAGCUGAAUUGGGCAUCAAGGACAGCCCGCCCUUGGAAGGUGUUCGUGGUUUCAAGCUCAUGGAGGAGUUGAGCAAAGUGGCAGAAUUCUACACUCAGAACAAGGUCCUGAAGGAAGUGCCGGAACCUUUGGAUGAAGACUGGGCAGAAGCAUAUCCAGUCCAAGUUGGCAAGUGGAUUGAAGACAAGAACAAGGAGGAAAUGUUUGGCAUCUUUGCCUGGAACGCCAUUACUUGCCAGGACACUGCUUCCCGAGAGAAAUGGACCAAAGCCAAGCCGAUUGUUGGUGGCAUUCUUGGUCUGAGUCCGAAGAUGCAGAAGAAGGUUGUAGUGCGCAUGGUUUCGCGAUGGUGCAACAUGUUCAUCAAGAACAAGGUCAUGGAGCAAGGCGAGCUGAAAAAAGAUGAUGUCGCGAUGCUGACAGAUUGGGCACCCAUGUUCUUCGAAAUCGACAAGGAGGUCUUGCAGGACUUGGUGAAGGUUGCCAACAAGAGCUUGCUUCAGAAUAAGGUCUUGAAGCUUCUGAACAAGCCCUCCGUAGCCCCAGAAGAUCUGAAUGCUCUUCGGGCGGAAGUUGAGGAAUGGGACCUGAAAGUGGCCACCGAUUUGGAGCUCUCCAGACCGCAACUUCGGUCACUUUUUAAGGUGGAGAUCACUGCAGUCUUGGAAGAUGACGACCUGUCAGAUGACCAAAAGUUUGAUGGCAUUGACGCCUCAAGGGAAGCCUUCGGAUUGAAGGAGAAGGAAGCGAAUGCCGAGAUGUACGACUUGAUCAGAAGUAGAUGUCGUGCUUCCUUGGUGAAUGCUUCUGGUGACUUGCUUCAGGAGAAUCAGGCCGCAGCAGCAGAAACUGCUGCAAACCUAUGCUUCUGGGUGCAAGGGGAAGGCUCCGGAUAUGAAGAUGCUCGAGAGCGUUCUCAAGCUUUCUUGAUCAACUGCAGUGAUGCAACUCCUGAGCCAAGCCGUAAGAGAAAAGCCGAGGAGUGGCCUUGGCUCUCGAGGUGUCCCAGGCAUUUCACAUCGUUCGGCAGCGACCACUCUGAUCACUCUGGACCUCGACGGCUGAUUUUCAUCAGGCAUGGUGAGUCAGAGGCGAAUGUCAACCGAAAGAUCACUGCAACAGUUCCUGAUCACAAUUUGCACUUGACUGAGAGGGGCCGGCAACAAGCAACGGAUGCCGGUCAUCGACUAAAGGCAUUAGUAGGUGACGGUACGCUCAGGUUCACAUGCUCACCAUAUGUGCGGACCCGUGAGACAUUGAAUGGCAUGUUGCGAGCUUGGGCUCCUGACAGUUGGCCCUGUCAUGAAGAUGUACGCUUGCGAGAACAAGAGUUUGGGAACUAUGACCCACCUGAUAUCAAGGACCAGCACAAAGAGAAAUCAGACUUCGGACCUUUCUUCUACCGAUUUUCGGAUGGGGAGAGCCCUGCAGACUGCUAUGACCGAGCCCACAGCUUCCUGGAAUCACUGCGCAGGAUUCAAGCCGAUCUCUCGAAAAUGCAGAGCCGCUCGACUGAAUCGCAGAAAGACAAGGGCGUGCGAUGGGUCAUGCUGGGAUGGAGCAUUUUCACGGUUGAGAACUUGGUGAUGUCAGAGUACAAGACAGAGAUCAAGAAAUACUGGGGUGGCCAAGGAGGUCCACAAGCCUACCAGACGCUGUAUAGCACUCUGUCCGGCCUGGCUUCCCUUUCCAUCUUUGCCGCGUACUGGAGGUUUUCCCGCUUUGGAUUGCAGCUCUCAGCACCCAGCGUGGCACAUCGGAUCUUGGGCUUUGGUGGGCGAGUCUUGGGGCUUGGCACCCUCAGCCAGCUGAUGCCACCCAUCAAUGUUGGAGCUUUGCAGAUAGCACUGGGGAUUCGCCCCGAGCCGUCACGAGAUCUACCACCACAAGUGCGAGGAGCGAUGGCCUGUCCUUUUGACUUCAAUGCUUACGCCAGCCGCGGGGAGGUGUUUGGCAUCACUCGCGUCUCCCGUCGUCCAGAGCUGGUCGGCCUGGGGUUUUUUGGCCUUGCAGGGGCCCUGGUGGCCACAACGGCCACACAGGUGGUCAUGUGGGGUCUUGGCCCUGUGGUGUCCUUCAGCAUAUUGGCCAUGCACAGCGAUCGAGUGCAACGACGGAGCGGCGAGCUUUCUCCCGAAAAGGACGGUCAAUUCGAGAUUAGCUACACUUGGGCUCCGGGAGAAGAGAAAAAAUCAUGCGACAUCUUCAGGAGCGAGGGACCUGCCGAGAUGGAAAUUUGGAAUGGCGAUCCCAAUUCUCGCACCUUGGAGAAGCGCAGAAACCAAGCUGGAGCGUGUAGCUUUGCGCCCAGUGAG